AAGCAGUGGCUUGUCCCAAAAUUGAGCUUGUUCCUUGAUCGGUCAUUUAUUCAUCUACUUCCGAUUUCAGGUUCAUGCUGGGCGUUCGGAGCAGCUGAAGCGAUGACUGAUCGUAUCUGCAUUGCUUCAAAUGGUAAGGAACAGUUCACCAUCUCCGCGGACGACAUUCUGUCCUGUUGUGGAUUCAUGUGCGGUAGUGGAUGUGAGGGAGGCUUCGCAAUUCAGGCGUGGAAGUUCUGGGUGAAACACGGUGUUGUCACCGGAGGCAACUACACUUCAAAGGCUGGCUGCAAACCGUAUCCGUUCCCACCAUGCGAGCACGACAACAACGCUACUCGUUACAAGCCGUGCCCUUCCGACAUCGCACCCACGAAUACAUGUGAG